AUGGACGGUCUCUCAGUGGCCGCCAGUGUUAUUGCUGUGAUUCAGGUGGCUGGAUCUAUUGUCAAACUGUGUGGAGGUUACAUCCAAGAUGUAAAGGAUGCUCGGGACGACAUCAUUGCUCUGCGACAAUCAAUCAAAGGUCUCGUCAGUGUUCUCGAGAGGCUUGGGGGAGCAAUCAUUGCCGAUGUAGCUGGAACCACCAACUUGAUUGAUCAAAACAUGGAUCUCAAAAAGCUGCCAGUCGCCCAUGGGGCUGAAUUUGACUCUUACAUGGAUCAACACGAAGACGAGUGUCUUGAAGGGACCAGAACAGACCUCCAACAACAAAUCGCAACAUGGGCAGCAUCACCACAAGGCAAUUGCAUCUUCUGGUUGAAUGGAAUGGCUGGAACGGGAAAAUCGACCAUUUCCCGCACAGUAGCCCGGUCUUUCAAACAAAAUAAGCAGCUGGGCGCAAGCUUCUUCUUCAAGAGAGGUGAGGGGGACCGAGGGAACGCGACGAAGCUAUUUACGACAUUGACGCAACAAAUCAUGAACAUACUUCCUGAAUUGACUCCCGCAAUUCGAAAAUCAGUCCAAGAUGACCCUGUUAUUGCGACAAGAGGGCUCAAGCAACAAUUCAACAAGCUUCUGCUUGAACCAUUACUAGGACUUACAAGCUCGAGUAAAGUCAGAAUAUUGGUGGUCGUGAUUGAUGCUCUAGACGAGUGUGAAUCGGAGAAUGAUAUACGGGCAAUUCUUCAAUUGAUACCACAACUCCGGGAGCCGAAAGCAGUGCAGAUUCGAGUCUUCUUGACGAGUAGGCCGGAGUUGCCAAUUCGUCUUGGGUUUUCCAAAAUGGCCAAUCAGGACUACAAGAAUCUCAUUCUCCAUGAGUUGCCGGAAGAUGUCACCGCACACGACAUAUUAUUGUUUCUGAAGCAUCGACUAGCUCAGAUUGGGGAGGAGCGCUCAUUACCUGUUGACUGGCCUGGAGAUGUCAAAACACAACAGCUUUUGAGAAUAUCUGUUCCGCUCUUCAUCUUUGCUGCUACCAUGUGUCGUAUACUCAAUGAUCUUCAAUGGGAUCCUAUAGACAGCCUUGAAGAGAUCCUUGCUUGCCGAGGGGAGAGCGCUAGUCUUGAUGGAACAUACCUUCCUGUGUUCAGUCGACUUCUUCUCAAUCAGAAUGAGAAACAAAAGAAGCAGCUUAUACAUGAGUUUCAAGACGUGAUCGGUACAAUUGUCAUCCUUGAAAGUCCUCUGUCUGUUAUUUCACUCUCAGCGCUUCUUGGCAUCUCCACGCGUGUCAUCAGGUUGAGAUUGAGCUCGUUGAACUCGGUGCUGAGUAUCCCGCAAAAUGAAAUCAUGCCCGUGAGACUUUUCCACCUAUCAUUCAGAGAUUUUCUUCUUGAUCCACAGACGUGCGAGAAGACUCCAUUCGCAAUAGAUGGCAAGGCAUCACACUUGAAAUUGGCGAUUGACACUUCAACUAUAAACCAUUAUCUUCCUCCCGAGGUGCAGUACUCGUGUCGUUUCUGGGCCUACCAUUUCACGCAGGGUGACGACCCAAAAACAUUGCAUAACAUUUUCGCCUUCUUGCAGACACAUUUCCUCCACUGGAUGGAGGCAAUGGGCAUCCUGGGUCUUGCAACCGAAGUGGUAGGAAUCAUUGACCUCCUGCAUUCUUGGGUGGAUAGCCACGAGUCCCGUGAGCUUUCUGAGUAUUUACAGGAUGCCAGACGAUUUGCGUUAAGGAAUACCGUCAUCGCAAAUGAAUCCCCUCUCCAGAUUUAUUGCUCGGGUCUUGUCUUUGCUCCAAAAAACUCGAUUAUACGAAAGGCCUUCUCGAAGUACCUUCCUACGUGGAUUUCCAAAGUCCCAGACGUGGAAGCGAAUUGGAGUGCGGAUAUUCAGUCUUUCGAUGACUUCUCAGGGCGGAUAUUGCCAAUAUCCUUCUCCCCGGAUAGCCGGACUUUAGCAUAUGGUACUCUUGACGGCAGUAUCAAGCUCUGGGACGUCAUGACAGGAGCCUUGAAGCAGUCUUUGGAGGGGCAUCCAAAUGAUACAGAGGAAGUUUCCUUGGUUUCGUUUUCACCGGAUGGUCAAUUCCUCGCGUCUGCCGCUAUUUAUGACCGCACUAUUAAGCUUUGGGAUCUUGCCGCGGGUACAUUGCAGCGGACGCUUAGCCAUCCUCGGUGCUCCCCUUGCUGUCCGAUUUUUUCCCCUGACGGCCGCUUCUUGAUUUCUCCUGCCAGUGAUCCUGAUCAUCCUACAAUAUUCCUCUGGGACUUGAUGAAAGAUUGCUUUGAGGAGGAAACAGCCAACAGCCUAGGAGAUGUUGAAUGCGUAUCAUUCUCCCCCGAUAGCCAGCUUUUAGCGUUGGGAUCAGCCGAUGGCUCGGUGAAGUUGUGGGACAUUGCUUCCGGCAAUCUUCAGCAGAGCUUGGAAGUCUCUACAAAGCGAAUAACAAGUCUCUCAUUCUCUCACAAUAGCCGGUUUCUUGGGACUCUAUGCGAGGAAUAUAGAUUCAGGAUCUGGAAUAUCGCGACCGGCGCAGAAAAGAUUCUUCCAGAUCCGAUAUUCGCUGGAAUCUUCUCACCCACCGAGGAGAUUCUCGUUACUGUGUCAGACGAUUCAUUAUCCUCCUGGGACCCCGACAAAGGCCUUCGCAUCAAGAAGUUUUGGGGAAAGUAUUGCAAUUACGACCAAGCAUUUUCUCCUGAUGGCAAAUUCUUGGCCCUUGCACGGGACCAAUCGCAAGUCAUGAUAUUAGAAAUGCCCACAGGUAUUGCGCAUGCUCCUUUUGGUGCGCACGCUGAUAGUGUAUUAUCUCUGGCUUUCUCCCCAAACGGUCAAUUUCUUGCGUCUGCCUCGGAGGACAAAACAGUCAAAAUUUGGCAUGUUGGUGCAGGUAUACCAACGCCAGAAGAGUAUUCUGAGGGUCAUUCAAGCAGGGGCCUGAACUCUGCAGACGAGCCGCGUGAGACUCGUGUGGUGACCUUCUCUCCCUGUGGCCGCAUUUUAGCCUCCCUCUCUGCGGACACUAUUCAGCUUUGGGAUGUAGACACCAUGACAGGCUCUCUCCGUCUGAAACAUACUCUGGAUGGACACUCAGAUUAUCCUUGGAGUACUCUAUCAUUUUCGCCAAAUGGCCAGCUUCUAGCAACUUCUUCAAUAGACAAAACGCUCAAGAUUUGGAACACCACAACUGGCUCUUUGGAGACAACAUUUGAAUGCCGUCCGAAGAAAGUUUUCAUUUGGGGGUUCUCUCCCAACGGCCGAUUUAUCGCUGUCUAUUUGAUCGGUAAGAAUAGACGGGAUCUCUCUCUCCUGGAUAUCGCUACAGGAGAGCAAAAACAGACCUGGAGAUCUGUGGGAUAUACACGCAGGUCGACUUUCUCUCGAGACGGCUCAUACUUGAACACUGAUUUUGGGGACCUGGACAUCCAGGCCGAAUAUUUGAACCUUUCCAAUUCUCCAGGGGAGGGUGUGGAGAUUUCUAUACUAAAGUCGCACUGGGUGACCUUUAACCGCCGAAGGAAAUUAUGGCUGCCUCCUGAGUACCGACCCAGCUGCUUCGCAAUCCAUGGCAAUGUCCUUGUUCUCGGAUAUGGAUCAGGAAGGGUUUUGUUUAUACAUUUUUGUCCUUAA